AUGAGUGAAAAGUCCCAGAAACUAUUAUCAUUAGCUCAACAGCUUCGUCUCUAUAAACCUCUUGAUUCCAUAAACAACCCAACCAGAAGAAACAAUGGGAUCCCACAAAGUGGAAAACCAAAAAGAGCUGCAGUUCUUAUAUGUAUAUUUGAUGGAAAUGAUGGAGAUCUGCGUGUAAUUCUAACAGAACGCUCUUCAAGACUUUCUUCUCAUUCUGGUGAAGUUUCCUUGCCUGGUGGCAAAAGAGAGGAAGGAGAUGCUGAUGAUGUAGAGACUGCCUUGAGGGAGGCUAAGGAGGAGAUUGGCUUGGACCCUUCUCUUGUCGAUGUUGUUACAGUUCUUGAACCGUUCAUGACAAAGUAUGCUAUGACUGUGGUUCCUGUGGUCGGCAUACUGUUCGAUAAGAAGGCAUUCAAUCCAGCUCCAAAUAUGAAUGAAGUGGAAUCCUUAUUUGAUGUUCCCCUAGAAAUGUUUCUCAAGAAUAAUAACCGGAGAGAUCAGGAGAAAGAAUGGAUGGGAGACAAGUAUCUACUCCACUUCUUUGAUUAUCAGUCAGGGAGUAAAACGCAUACAAUAUGGGCCAUCACUGCCUCAAUAUUGAUUAGGGCUGCAUCAGUUGUCUACCAAAGACCACCUGCAUUUCUUGAGCGAAAACCAACAUUUUGGAAUGGAAAUCCUGAUAAAGUUACCGCAAAACCAUAG